AUGGACGGCAUUCAGAUGGAGCCCGUCGGGAAGUACAAGGCCGACCGCAACGGCUCAGCCAAGGCAGCUGCCUGGCGAAAUAUGGUGGAUCAAGACUUAGACGAUGUCGCUUUUCUGGCCGACACGGACAAAGCGCGCGAGGCGCGUGAGCUUCGCGAGGCACCCGUCGCGGUGUGUUCGCAGAGGCGCGCGCUUUGCCUCGCGGCAGUUGUGCUCGGGGCAAUGUUCGCAAGCGCGUUGAUUGUUGUCUACGCGAGCCCGCAACCAGAUUGCCCCUGUCUGGGUGAGAACCCGCUGAUCCCGGGCUCGCCGACGGGCUCAGACGCCAAUGCUGCCGCUGCUAACAAAGACCGCAUAGCAACCAAUGGCGCCAUUUUCCCGUGGCGAGGCGCCCGUCUACCGACCUUUUUGAUUCCGAAGCAUUACAGUCUUUGGCUCCAUCCUAACUUGACGACUGGCGAACUGAGAGGCGAAGUAUCAAUCGACUUCAAGGUGGAUCGAGACACAACAUUCGUAGUCCUAAACGUUCGUGACAUGAACGUAACAGAACGGGCGCUGUUCAAGACUGGGGGCUCCUUGGGGCCUAAGGUCGCUAAAGUUUUGGACUACCCGCCGGCUGAACAGACUUAUAUUGAGUUCAAGGAGAAACUCCGUCGCAAAUUCAACUACACGCUCAGCCUCCGAUUCAUCACGAAACUGGAGAGGAACGACAAGCAACGCGGCUUCUUCCUCGCUGGCAACAAUAGACAUCGUUGUGCCGUGUCGCGAUUCUGGCUGACGCAUGCGCGCUCCGCGUUCCCCUGCCUCGACGAGCCUCAUCUCCGAGCGACUUUCCGACUCACCAUCGUGAGGGACAGAUUCCACGUAUCCCUGACAAACAUGCCAAUAGUGGCGACAGAAGAAGCCGGAUUCUAUUUAGGACAUCGAUUGCUGCAAGACGAGUUCGCGCAGUCCCCCCCCAUGCCCCCCCACAUGAUGUCGGUGGCGGUCUGCCGCCUGCAGCGCCGCGCGCAGCCGCCGUUGCCCACCGAGCCUCCCGAACCCACCACCACCACUGAAGUGGCGCCAUCUAGUACUGAAACUCCAGAAGACGAAGACUUUAGGCUCCUGAACACGCCAACUUUUCUGAAGUGGCACCAUCUAGUUACUGAGACUCCGGAAGACGAAGACUUUGUCAUGCCUCCACCGGAGAUAAGCCUGUAUAGUGACCAACAAGUCAUCUUGGAUGAAGCUGGGCCGCUCCUGGACUGGGUGCAGAAGACAAUUCAGCAGUUUGCCUACGAGCUGAACACCUCCUACCCCCUCCCGAAGCUGGACGUGGUGGUGGUGGAGGGGGGAGGGCUGUACUCCGAGGGGUGGGGGCUCAUCACACUGUCCCCGAGCACCCUUACUGAUACGAAGACUAUAGCUCGCCUACUGGCUCAACAGUGGUGGGGGCUGGUGUCCCCACGAUGGUGGAGCGCCCAGUGGCUCAUGGAGGCACUCACAUCCGUGCUUGGCCAGAAGGCCCCACCGUUUGAAGGAGGAGCAGAAAGGCAGCAGGAUAGUCUGCUAUUGGACCAUGUGUUGCCUGCUUUAAGGCUGGACUCAAGCACAUCAGUGCGAGCCGUGGCGUCUCCUCGUCUUGAACGCGCCGACAUCGAAUCCGCUGCCGACGAGCUGUCUUUGCACAAGGGAGCGGCCAUAGUGAGUAUGGCCAUAGAAGCAGCGGGCGAGUCAGCGGGCCGUGCAGCGUUGGCGAGGUUGCUCAGAGACCAUCGCAGCGCCAGUGCUGACGCCAGGGACCUGUGGCGAGCUCUACAGCGGCCAGGCGCUGGUGGGGCGCCCCCCCACGCGUGGGACGGCUGGUGCGAGAAGGCUGGAUACCCAUUAUUGGCCGCUGUCAAUACGGCGACAGGCGAUGUACUACUAAAACAGGAACGUUUCGUGAUGACCGCUGACCCUCCUGACCCUGAACCACUCAUGAUCAACUCCCUUCUGACCUUGGACCUGAGAGCUGAUCUUGAAGAACUCUUCUAUGAACCAGAGAACUUCACGGACACAAUCGAAGACGAGAACGCGACCACCACCACCCCCGCCCCCACCACGCGCCGCCCCGCCCCCCGCACCACCAGGCCCCCGCCGCCCCCCAAGUGGGUCAUCCCCGUCACCUUCUCCGUGGGGCCUUUAGAACCAGGCUUCGAAAAUGACACGAAAAUAGUCAAAAAUAUCACUGACAGUGUGCUGCAGAACGGGACUUGGUACGAUGUUGGCAACGAGACGAAGUUAACCCACGGGUCACGCUGGGCGGAGAACGUCACGCAUUUAAUAUGGAUGAAUGACACUGAAAUGUUGGUACCAGACUUGGGCAAACACAAGUGGGUGCGAUACAACGUGGGAGCGAGAGGGCUGUACCGUGUCGCACCGCAGAACCCCUCCGCUGGAGAGACAGCAGAAGCGGCGGCCGCUCGUGCGUCCGCGCUGUACCUGGGCGGGGCUCCGGCCGAGCGCGCUCUGCUAUUGGAUGACGCGUUUGUGCUGAGCCGCGCGCGCCGACUGCCCGCGUCGCGCGCUGUGGCCGCCGCAGCUCGUCUAAACAAGGAGACGCACUGGGCCCCCUGGCGAGUGGUUCUAAACCAUUUGUCCUGGUGGAAAGAGCUGCUGCGUCUAACUUCGUCUGGACCGCCUCUGGCCAAACUGUUGGUCACCCUACACCCGGAUACGGUGACCAUAUAUACCAGUCAGGAGAUGGAAACGCUCAAUGAAGAUCAAUUAUGGCUAAGCGGCGCGCUACUGACGGCCGGUGUUGAGUGGGAGAACGAGAAGGUGACCAAACAGGCGGUACGCCUGUUCGAUUCCUGGCGCAGCACCAACAAGACCAUACCCGAGAUAUAUCAGGAGGCGGCCUUCACAGCGGGCGUGCGGACAUACGGUCUAGUAGGCUGGCAGACAUGCUGGAAGGCAUUAACAGCGUCCUACGCGGCCCCGCGUCCUUUAUACAGCCACCGAGCGUUGCUAGCCGCUCUAGCUUCGCCUAAGGACGACUGGCUGUUCUACAGGUUCGCAUUCACCGCGCUGUCUCCUGAGGCUCAGAGAGGCCGCGAAUGGAAGCAGUGGAUCACAGCACUGUGCGCAGCCGCAUGCAGAUGGCGCGGCGCGGCGAGCACGUGGCGCGUGCUGCGCGCGGCGCCCGCGCCGCCGCCGCCCGCGCUGCUGGCCGCCGCGCGCUGCCUGCACCAGCCGCACGACUACUACCGGGUAAUAUGAAGAUUGUCAAUCCUAUUUAAAGAGCUCUUCGGCGACCUAAGGGGAGCGCUGGGUGCGUUGGACACCAUCGCUCUGAACGCGGCGUGGGUAGCACAAGCCGACACGGACCUUCAACGAUACUUCACCGCCGUCAAACCUUAAAUCUACCCUCACUGACAAUCGAAAAGGCAAAGUCUAUGCAAUGCAGUACUUCAAGCAAUUGUAAUCCACUUUAAAACCAUG